UAGAAGUUUGCUCUAUUUUUGAUUACAAAUCUCUGUGGCACAUUAUAUAUACAAGCGAAGAUGAAAGGAAUUAUCCCUGGUACGCAUAUAUACAACUUGUAUACCUCUGUUCGAAUUAAAAUCUCAUUCGAACAUUAAAAAAAUUUAUAUUAUCAAAUUGGCAAAAAUGUAGAGGUAAAUUGCUGAGUGUAGUAUUAAUUUGUUUGGUUCAGGCGAUUAUUUUAAAGUAAUUUUAAAUAUAUUAUUUACAAAACGUCAUCUUAAUUUAGGGAACCAGUAAGCAGGAAUCAUUAACAAAGCCAAAGAGGUCGUGGCAGAACGAUAUAUGAUACAUAAAUAUGUACAAGUAUGUGAAGCCUGACCUAUUUCGGGACCAAAAUUAUAAUAUUAAUACUUAAAAUAUACAUUUUUAGUAGGAGGACUCAAAAUCUUAAGUUACAAUCUUUCUUUUCAACUUAGAAUGCCCAUCAGGUGCAACCAUUAAACCAAAGUAAUAUUAUCUCUUAUUUUUUAAGAAUUAAAAGCUUAUUCGGCGUAUUUAAUCAGUGUUCAUUAUUAAAGGAAUACGCGAACCAUUCCUCUCAUGUUAGACAUAAUAAAAUUCUUAUUGCGGUAUUAGUUCCAUGUUUGUAUUUUUGAAGAAUAACUACCCACUACAAAAAUAUAUGGCUUCCAUAAGUUUAGAGUAGGUGAUGAAAAGUAUGCCUUAAAUUAUAUAUAUUAAAUUUCACUUCACUUUAUAUAAGAAGCAAAUAUUUCAUAAUAUCUUGUUUGCAAAAUGUUAAGCGGUCGAAUAUUAAUAAAUUCUAGCGGACAUUGCCGGGUAACUAAAUGUGCGUGCAAUUAUAUAUGUGAAGAACUAAUUCAUAGAAAAAACACACAUGCCAAAAGUUUUUCUAAGAUAUCAGCAGUUAAAGAAACAACCGUAGCAAACGACAGGAAAAAUACUGCCCUUAUAAAGACAAUUCAGAUUUAUCGCUGGCAGCCUGGGAAAACACCUCGACUUCAAACUUACCAUAUAGAUCUACAGAAAUGUGGAGUAAUGGUUCUUGAUGCCCUAAUCAAAAUUAAAAACGAAAUGGAUCAAACAUUGACUUUCAGACGAUCCUGCCGAGAAGGAAUCUGUGGUUCAUGUGCUAUGAACAUUGCGGGUAUUAAUUCAUUGGCGUGUACGAGUAAAAUUGAUAGAAAUCCUUCACGAAUAUUAAAAAUAUAUCCAUUGCCACAUAUGUAUGUGGUUCGGGAUCUUGUUCCAGAUUUAGGACACUUUUAUGCUCAAUACCGUUCAAUUAAGCCAUGGCUUCAACGUAAGGAUACUAUUAAAGGCGCAAUAGGAAAAGCGCAGUAUUUACAGCACCUUGAAGAUCGCAAAAAAUUAGAUGGGCUUUAUGAAUGCAUCCUCUGUGCUUGUUGUACGUCGUCAUGCCCAUCUUACUGGUGGAAUGGAGAUAGAUAUUUGGGACCAGCGGUUUUAAUGCAGGUCUAUCGAUGGGUUGUAGACUCUCGAGAUAAUGUUACUGAAGAACGCUUGAAGCAGAUAAAAGACCCAUAUAGUAUUUAUCGUUGCCACACUAUUUUGAAUUGCACAAAUACCUGCCCAAAAGGGCUUAAUCCUGGUAAAGCCAUUAUUAAAUUAAAGCAAUUAUUGUGUGGUUUGAAAUCGAAACCAACUGCUCUACUAGACACAAUUAAGCUUCAGAAGUAGAUAAUUAAUGAAAAAAAUCCCAAGUCAUUUUUUCUAUCCUAUUUGUAUGUUUGCUGUUUUAAUAAGCAAACAUGAAGUCAUAGAUACCGGGUAUUUUUGAUAAUUAAUAAGAACUAUAUGAUUUGAUUAUUAAUCUCUGUUUGAAUAUGAUUUAUGUUUUUAUCUUUUAACCUCAGAAUAAAUAAAUUAAAACUUUCUACACGUUAGCAAAUUGCUGUUGCCAUAUACGAAGAAACGCCUUAAAUAGGCGUUAAAGAAAACUAAUUGAAUAUAACUUGUGCAUAGCGCCAAAAAAAAAAUGUUUUAAUAAAUAUGUAAAAUAGCGAGGAGGCAAGUGUUUGAGAACAAAGUUUUGCUUAACAAGUUUUGUCCGGGAUAAACCCCUAAGUUACUCAACCUAUAACAGUCAAAUAUAACAGACUAUGUUUGUUCCAACUUAAAAGAUAGAAUAAUUUAUAUCUCAAUUAUAUUAAAACAAUUCAUAACUAAAUAAUAUAUUUAAAUAAUAUAAAUAAAUAAUAAUUUCCAAAAACUAAAUUCCAAAAGUUCAUUAUUUCUUUUAUUGACAAAUGUUUGCAUCAAUCAUUUUCAAAAUUAAUAGUAUUUAUUGUACAUUAUAU